AUGUCAUCCCUCUUAAGACCCACACUGGUUAAAAUGAUAUACCCAAUAUGCUAAAAAAAUGAAUUCGCUAAAUCAGAGAGUUCGGUUGAAGAGGAUGUUUGCUUUAUUGAAUCCAUAAGGGCAGAAGCUUAAAACCCUAUGAUAAAGAAUUUCGAUUAAGUUGAUUCUCCAGUUGAAUAUCAACAAGACCUUGAAGAGUUCUUGAACUCUUUAGAUUGA